AUGAUUGCACGUUUCUGUUACAUUCUUCUCGUCCUCACUGCUUUUGCAAACUACGGAACGCUAGCCAGUUUUAUGCCGGAAUGUAAAGACUUCUUUCCCUCCCAAGCAUGUCGAAAUUUUGAUAGAAGUACAAGGUUGUGCUCAGAACCUACUAGGAGGGGUGAAGCGUUCGAGAUUUGUAGGAAGACAUGUGGUCUCUGCUGGUAA